GCGUCAAAUUCUCCGUCUACAGAAAUGGCUUUCGUUAAGCAGGUCAAGAGCAGCCCUUACUUUUCACGCUUCCAAACGAAGUACCGUCGUCGUCGUGAAGGUAAGACCGACUACUAUGCUCGUAAGCGCUUGAUUUCUCAAGCCAAGAACAAGUACAAUGCACCAAAGUACCGUUUGGUGGUUCGUUUCUCUAACCGUUUCGUGACCUGCCAAGUUAUCUCUUCCAGAGUUACCGGUGAUUAUGUUCUUGCCGCUGCUCACUCUUCUGAACUUCCCCGUUACGGUAUCAAGUGGGGUUUGGCUAACUGGUCUGCUGCUUAUGCUACCGGUCUUUUGGUCGCUCGUCGUGCUCUCAUCAAGAUUGGUCUUGCUGACAAGUACGAGGGUAUUACCGAACCUGAGGGUCAAUUUGAACUCACCGAAGCUAUCGAGGACGGUCCUCGUCCCUUCAAGGUCUUCUUGGAUGUUGGUUUGAAGCGUACCUCCACUGGUUCUCGUGUUUUCGGUGCCAUGAAGGGUGCUUCCGACGGUGGUUUGUAUGUUCCUCACUCUCCUAGCCGUUUCCCCGGUUACGACAUUGAGUCUGAGGAAUUGGAUGAUGAGACUCUCCGCAAGUACAUCUAUGGUGGUCACGUCGCUGAAUAUAUGGAAAUGCUUAUUGAUGAUGAUGAAGAGCGCUUCCAAAAGCAAUUCUCUAGCUUGAUUGCUGAUGGUAUCGAAAGUGAUCAACUCGAAGAUAUCUAUGCUGAAGCUUUCUCUAAGAUCCGUGAAGAUCCUAACCCCAAGAAGAGCGACAAGGAUGUUUCUGCUAUCAAGGCCGAAUCCCUUAAGUACAAGCAAAGAAAGCUUACUGGCGAAGAACGCAAGGAACGUUUCAACGCCAAGGUUGCUGCUGCUGGCCGUGUUUAGAAAGGUUAAUAUCUUAUUUACAAUACUAUAUAUGGUUUUUUGAGGCACUAACCAAAUUGGUUUCGAUUGACUGUAGAAGUUGACUAAACCAUCAUUGUAAUCAACCUUGUAACUUGCAACCAUCAUAAAACUUCAAAGUGUUCACCAGUAAAACCAGUAGAAUCGCACAUUCUCAAAGUCUUGCUAAACGACUUCCCUGUGUUAUUUGGUCUAGUUAUAGUUUAUUUUGGGUAUUUCCGUAAUGAGAUAUUCUGC